GAACCGCUUCCGAGCCCUUGGGAGGUGCUUCCGGAGUCGGAGGCUCCAGCUCCUCUGCCACCGCCGCAUUGCGCUCCCCUUGCGGCGCACCCGGAGGUCCGCGAGGUUGGUGGCGUCGCCCUGACAGCUGCCAUUGGACAGCUCGGAGGCGCCUGCACAGUCGAGGCGUGGGUCCGCCUCAGGGACGAGGAUCUUCAGCGCUGCGUUGUCGUGGCAAAUUUCGAGAUUGCGCAGGGCGGCUCCGAGGCCAGCGGCAGCAGUUCGAGGUCUGUUCCAAGCCUCGCCAUCCGCAACGGACAUGCAGAGGCAUUUGGAGGGGAGUUGCAGAGCGAGGUGAGACUGAACAGUGGAUGUUGGCACCACGUGGCUUGCAGUGCCAGCUCAGAUGAAAGGAGGCUUUGGUUGGAUUACCAGCUGCUUGCGCAAGUUGGGCCCAGUGAAUCGGCAAUCUCCGCAGACCUCCGUGCGGAUGUGGGCUUCUACGAAGGAGCUUCACAAGCAGAGCUUUGCCAGGAGACACGAAGCCAGGGGCGCUGCACAGAAAUCCGGAAUCUCCGGAUAUGGAAGGAGGAUCUCGGCCCGGUGGCCCUGGAAGCCUACGACGCCUUUGUAGAGGACCAGGCCGUGGAGUUGCUGUCUGAGACGAUUGCCUCAUCGAAAUGGCGAGGCGCGUCAGUCCUCGGACCUGCCCUGGAUGAGAGACUCGGCCCGCGAGGGCUUCGCGCACUGGACCGCCGCAAUGCCAAAGCUGCGAUGCGGCGGCUCUUACGAAGCGUGGCUUCGAAGCUCUGUGUGCGUGGUCAAGAUCUGCAGCGUGGCUACAGUCAAAGGACCGCGCCAAGUGACGCACUGCUGGGCCGGGAAGUGAUGGCUUUCUUGUGCCUCACUGGGCAGCAAUCCUGCUGGCAGGUGCAAGUGAAAGCUGCCGAGUUUGGCGAAGACAUGCCGGAGCGGCUGUCAGACCCAGGAUAUCUCAGAUUUCGCAGACAGGUUCAUCUUGCAGACACGCUCUUCGCCAGCUGCGCAGACGAGACGAUCCUCGAGCUGGUCGACAGCCAGAUGUUGCGAGACGGAAGUGAAGGAAGCCAUGAUGAGUGUUGGACAAAGAUGCCACGAAUCAGUCUCUGGCCCUCACUUCCUGUCGCGCGUGCCGUAGAGCCGAUCAGAGCUCUUAUCGGGGAGCUCAGCUUGAAUCAGAAGCUGACUUACAUCCUUGGCCGCUCUCUGGCACAAGAAGUGCCGUGGGACGACAUUCUGCCGGACUCCAUCCUGGAGCUCUGUCGGUCGCAGCUGCGGCAGUUAUGGGAGGAUCUUCUGGAGAGCAGCAAAAUAGCUUUCCGAGUCGACAUGGACGCUUUGGCAGACCUGGCGGAGAAGAUCUCUGCUUGUGCCUGCUUCAAGCCGGACGGCGUCUUGGAGACAGUUGUGGAGGAGCUGUUUCUCGCCACCAUUGCAGAUCUGAUGUAUUUCCGCUUCGCCAUCCUCCUAGAUGUCAACUGGCUGGUGCGCAACAGCCUUCAGCCCUUUGUAGACUUGGCUCCAUCGCCGCAGACAGCCCUGGACAGGCUCUUGCGUCAGCAGAAGCCUCGACUCUUGGGCCAUCUGAAAUAUGCUCGAUUCCAGCAGGUGCUGAAGCAGACCAGGUUUGAUGGUUCUUCGCCAACCAUCACGCUGAAUCGCAAGCUGGCGCUUUCCAUGAAGGAGCACGAUCGGGUUGACUGGGACCUCCGAAGAAGCUUAACAGGCCAGUUCCUCAACGAGAUCCGCCGCCUUUCCCUGGGUCCAAAGCUCUUUCGCCGGCCUUGGCUGACGCGAGCUGUGAAAGUGCAGUUCAAAGGUGAAGGCGGCGAAGAUGCGGGCGGCUUGUACCGCGAGGCACUGGAGGCAUGCGUGCGAGAGCUGACUUCCAGGUCGUUGCCCCUCCUCCUGCCAUGCCCAAAUGCCGUCGCCGAGGUUGGCGAAAAUCGAGACUGUUGGAUCCUCAACCCCAGCGCAACGUCGUCGACGGCCCUUGCGGGGCUGGAGUUUAUGGGCCAGCUGAUGGGAUUGGCAUUGCGGACAGGGGAUCUUCUUCCUUGCGCCCUCGCGCCCUUCACUUUCAAAGGCUUGGUAGAAGAGGAAAGGACCCUGGAGGACCUUCGCGGAAUCGAUGUCUUCGCGGCCAGACAGGUGGAGAGGUACCGAGAGGAAGGUGGUGAUGAAGACGACGACAGCUUGGACAAUGACGACGGCGUGGAGACCGGCGAUGGUUCAUCCAGGGCAGACCGCUUGCUCAAGCGACGGUUGAAGUUCGACUCGCUGCAACUUGCAGCUGUGAGGAGAGGUCUUGCCUCG